GGCCACGUGGUACAAUUUUGACUGGAUCAUUAUCUUAAAUUAAUGCAUUGUCAAAACUAAACAUUGUUUUAAAAAUCGCGUAGUAUAGAAAAAAACUGUAACCCAUAUUUACCAGUGUUCUGAAAAGUAUAAUGAACUACUAGGUAAAUAUUUUAUAGUAUUUUUUUUCACUUAUUUAAACUAAGAAUUUAAUCGAGCCAUUAUUGAAUAAAUUAUCUAUCGACAAAGUUGGUAUAUUUUAGUAUUUUGAGGCUUAAGCGUCGAGCGUUGAAAUGAAAUUGUAACUUUAUUAUCACGUAUUCUGCUCGAUAAAAAUCAACUCUGAGCCAUUGAACUAUAUGAUAUAGUUCAAUGCUCUAACUUCACGUAACUUAACCUCAAUUCAUAUUUUUAAAGGACCAAGAUGUUAAAGCCGAUUACUUUUGUUACUGGUAAUGUUAAAAAAUUGGAAGAAGUAAUUCAAAUUUUAGGCUCAGAAUUUCCUAGGCAGGUAAUUAAUAAGAAAUUGGAUUUACCAGAGUUACAAGGGGAACUUGAUGAAAUAUCAAUCCUUAAAGCCAAAGAAGCACAUAAACAAGUAUUAGGCCCCGUUAUCGUAGAAGACACAGCUUUAUGUUUUAAUUCGUUAAAAGGUUUGCCAGGUCCCUAUAUAAAAUGGUUUUUGGAAAAAUUAGGUCCAGAAGGCUUGCAUCAAAUGCUACAUGGAUUUGAUGAUAAAUCUGCAAAAGCAGUAUGUACAUUUGCUUAUCAUCCCGGAGGUGCAGAAGAUGAAGUUAUACUGUUUCAAGGAAUAACGAAUGGUACCAUUGUCAGCCCAAGAGGACCAAGAGAUUUUGGUUGGGAUUCAUGCUUUGAACCAGAAGGGUAUAAUGUGACGUAUGCAGAAAUGCCCAAAUCAGAGAAAAAUAAGAUAUCACAUCGAUAUAAAGCACUUGAUUCGCUAAAAGCUUAUUUUACCAAUAGUUUUAAAGACAAAUUAGAACAAUGACUGCAUCUUUAGUUUUAUUCUAAAAGUGUAAAAGUGAUAAAAGAGUUGUACUGGGAAAUGAUAUUUGGUGAAAAGUUUCAAGAAUGGUCAGAUGGAAUAAAAUGAUAUUGUCAGGUUAGGUACAAAAUUCAAUUCGUUAUAUGCGAAAUAAAAUAUUGUAUUCCA